UAAUGAUCUGUGGUCUGUGUACCACAUUUGUAAUUUCGGUUGUUCUUGCUUCGUCGUGUUAUUGAAAAUUACAGAAAUGUUUUUAGAUUGGACAGGUCGACGUUUUUUAAUAAAUAAUUGUGUUUCGCAAAGAGUGAAGUGAUCAAAUGUGUUAUUUAAAGUUUUGUUAAUAGUGGAUGAAAAUGUUUUGUGAUUGAUAUAACGAAUCAUUGGUACGCAAGAUGGACGAAAUGUCUAAGGGCAUGUCACAAACAGGAAGCGCCACUGCAACUGACAAAUUUCAAGAUAUUGAUGAUUUUGCAGAUGGCGUAAAGCAUGGUUUGCGGCACUCUCGCCAACCAUGCUAGCAUUGGUAGAACAACUGCGGUCAUACCUCGGAGGAGGAUGCUCGUCAACGCCGAUGGUGUACGUGAACGAAUCGUGCCUGGAGUGCGAAAGAGUUCGCGCGGCUUGCGAGCGGCUGGGCGUCGUGGCGGCCGUGCGGGGGCCCGAAGUGCUGCCCUUGACUCAGCAGCAACCGGCACCUCCCUCCUACCUUGUGACCGCACCCUUCGAAGGAGAACUCUUCGAUGCAGCACACAAAGCAAAAUAUAGGGUGCUGGGGCCUACCGCGGUGCUACAGCUGGCAGACCGGGACGAGGCGCCGCCGACGAACGCGCGCCCUCUCUACUCGCUGGCGAUGCGCGGUGCAGUCAUAUGUUUCUCUGGGUUCCGAAAAAAAGAUGAGCUUACGUACCUGAUAACGCUGAUACACUAUAUGGGUGGGUCAAUCCGCAAAGACAUGUCAAGUAAAGUGACACACCUGAUAGCGGCGGCCGCGACGGGCGACAAGUACCGGUACGCGUCGGGUUUCGGCGUACCCGUGCUUGCGCGCUCGUGGGUCGACGCGUGCUGGGACCGCCGCGACGACCCCGAGUGCUUCGCUACCAAUGACCCUAUCAUUAAGGAACACAAGUUAAAAGUGUUCGCGGGCGCGCGGGUCUGCUUCGUGGGCUUCCCCGAGGACGAGACGCAGCACAUGGCGGACGUGCUCGCCAGCAACGGCGGCGCGGCCUGCGCGCUCGACGACCCCGACUGCACACAUGUCGUAAUGGCCAAUGGGGAGACUUUCGGUCGUUCGCUUAUCCUCUCUCCCCACCUUAACACCCCCACCGCUUCCGCGAAGCCAUCCCGCUCCACGCCCAACCGAUCCCAAACCACUCCAAAGAGCUCUCUGUACCGUAGGCUUUCAGCCCGCCUCUCGGGCCGCCGCGCUAGUCCCACCAAAACAUCCAACGAACACAACGAAGACAGAACAACGGACGAACGAGAAGAGCGCUUGCGAUACGCAAGAGACAGUAUUACAAAUAGUUUAAGUAACAAUAGAGACAACUCUCGAAUAGAAGAUAUCAGUAUUACUAGUGUAGGAAAAUCAUAUAUAGAAGAUUUGUGCUCUGAUGUCCACGAUGGCAGUGGUGGUCUUAUUGAAUUUCGAAAGGUUAAUAGUAAUGACAAAGAAAAUAAGUAUUUGUCUCAAAUUAUUCACGGCAGCGCCAGAACAAAUGCUAAAGAUAAAAGAGAAGUCUUCAAAAAUAAGUCCAUAAAUGUAUUUAAUAUAGUUGAUUGCUUAACGGAAGCAGGAUCUUUACAUUCAUCUCUAACUAAGAGUUUGUGUGACUUGGAUUCGAAAGAUGAACCAGGAUUUCUCUUACCUGUUGCAACUGGAAACAAAGAGUUACAGCAAUCAAAUACUACUAUUUCUUCUGGCAAAAAAAGGAGCCGAAACUCAACAGAUUCAAAUUUUCAAAUCAGUGUAAUAGAUGGCAAUAACUUGUCUCCGGAUAAAUCAGAGGAUGUCAACUGGAAGUCUAUUAAAAGACUUAAAAUUAAAGACUCCUUUAAAUUUAAAACUAAACCAAACAUAUUCAAAAAAACGAAAAAAGAGUCGUUAUCUAAAACAUCUGGAGAAAUCACCGUCGAACCUGUGAGCCCCGAGAGCAUUAAGCCCACUGAUCCGGCCGGAGAGUUCGUCGCAUCGACGUCCUCGCCCAUUAGGGACUACGACAAUACCUCCGUUUCAUCAAUGAACAUAAGUAAACAGUCGGGAUUUUUUGACAUCUCCUUUGCGUCUAUACGAAGCUCCAAAACUGUUAAAUCAGCUUCAAAGCUACGGAGAAGCGUAAAAUCAUUCACGGCAUCUUUUAGAAGCGAACGAAAAAAGAAAUACGAAAAGCGAGAACGAAACACCGUAGACGUGAACCCUUGUCAUCUACCGCCAGAUCUGAAAAACGUUUCGACGCCGAAGAGAGACCUCGACGAUAUCCACUUCGACAUUUCACCGGUUCAAGUGGAUACGGUAGACAGUACCGACAUGAGAACUCCGACGAAGGAGACGGACGUGGACGAGUUAGACGACUCGACUAUCUUUAAAACACCUCAGAGCGUGUGGCUCCGCGCGCACCGCCACUCCAUCUGCGGCGCGCCCGCGAGCCGCGAGCGCGGCGGCCCCCCGUCCCCCCUCCCCCUCCCCCGGCCCGCGCCGUCGCCGCGCCGCGCCGAGCUGCGCGCCGAGCCGCCUCCCACCCGCGACGCGCGCGCCUUGUCGCAAUGCCACGGACUAUCGCUGCCGGUGGUGGAUGAGCACAACACGGGAGUGGCGCCGGCGUGUCAGUCGCGCGUGCACGUCGUCAAAGCCGAAUGGUUCUGGGCUUCGGUGCAAAAUGAGGAGGCUCAGGACGAACGGGAAUAUCUCUUCAAAGAUUACCUGGACGAGGUGUCUCGGCGGUCGUCCGUGGGCGGCGCGUGCGCGGCCGUCACGUGCUCGGGCGCGGACGAGGGCGGCAGCGGCGCGGGCUCGAACGCCGGCGGCACUCCGGCGGCCUUGCAGCGGCUGCGCAAGCGCAAGCUGCGCGGCGGCGAUGCAGCGCUGCACAAGCGACGCUCGUCUGUUGGCGACGCCGUACUGCUCAGUCUGUCCAACAAUCUGCUGGACUGCACGCCGUCACCCGACGGCAAGCAGCUAUUAGAAGAAUCAGAAGUACCUGACAAUGUAGUGCGAAAAUUAAUGUCUCCACGACAACAAGUGUUCAUGGAGCUUCUUCAGACAGAGUCAAAUUAUGUGGGAAUACUACACACGAUAGUAAACAUGUUCAAACAACCAUUAGAAGAAAUGGCAGAGGAAGACAGCAGUAACGGCAAGAUGCAAGCGUUGCUAAAUAAUACAGAACUAAAAAUUAUUUUCGGAAAUCUACCGCCUAUUUAUGAGUUACACCAGCGUAUGCUGGAAGAGCUGCGCUACGCGCAGUCUCACUGGAGCGAGGAGGUGAGCAUCGGGCGGCUGGUGCUGCGCUACACGCCCGACAUGGUCAAGGCCUACCCGCCCUUCGUCAACUUCUUCGAGAACACCAAGGAGAUGCUGCAGCAGUGCGACCGUGAGAACCCAAGAUUUCAUGCAUUCCUGAAAAUCUGUCAAACCAAACCAGAGUGUGGUAGACAAAGCUUACAGGAACUGUUAAUAAGACCAGUGCAGCGAUUACCCAGUAUUAGUCUGUUAUUAGAUGAUAUUUUAAAGCACACACACAAAAGCAAUCCCGACCACGCGGCGUUGGUUUCCGCGCUGGCGGGCUUGCGCGAGGUCAUGUCACACAUCAACGAGGACAAGCGCAAGACUGAGGGGCAGCUGCAGAUGUUCGACAUAUACAACGACAUCGACCAGUGUCCGGCUCACCUCGUGUCGUCGCAUCGCUCGUUCGUGUCUCGCUGCGAAGUGGUGGAGCUUUCGAAAGAGCUGUCUGGGCGGGGAGACCACCUCGUGCUAUUUCUGUUCACCGAUACCAUGGAAGUGUGCAAGAAACGAUCCAAGGCUUUCAACAGUAAAAGCCCGACAAACGGAACGGGUACGAUGCGGCUAGGGUCCAGCAAGCCCUACAGACACAUAUCGCUCAUGCCGCUCAGCACUGUCAAGUGUGUCGUCGACAUUCGAGAGGCGGAAGACUGCCACAACGUGUUUGCACUAAUGUGCCGCAGCAAUCAGGAGCUGAAGGAAAAGCUGUAUUCUUUCAUGAUCACGGACGAGACGGUCGAUAAGUCACACUUCCUAAGACAGCUGUGCCGGCAGAUGGCCAACACCGUCUGCAAGCCUGACGCCGAUAAGUUUCUGGCGUGCCUGGAUUCGCAUCAACUCGACAUCGAUACGAGUGAUCUCGCGCUCAGCACACUCUCCAAGGUAUCAAAGUUCGCAGCGCGCACUAGAAUAAAGCUGGAGGCGCUGGCGGGGCUGGGCGGCUGGCUGCGCGCCGACCCGGGCGCCGUCCUCCUUGACACAUGGGUAUUGCGCGCUCACUUACUCGCACAGGUGGGACGUGCUCUUUCGUUCAACAAAACCCCCUCGAAGCUGAAACGAGCGAUGUCGUCAAUGAUCUCGCCUUUCGGCUCGACUUCAAAUCUAACCCCCGCGUCGCAGCUCGCGCAAAUGAGGCUCGCCAGCUGCAAUAAUAUUAAUGAGAUGGGUGCGAGCGGCGGCGGCGGCGAGGGCGCGGCGGUGCUGGUGGCGCCGCUGUCGGUGCAGCCCACGCGCAAGGCGGCGGGCGCGGCCGGUGCGCUGCGGCGCUUCUGACGCCGCUCGCAGCGCACGCUGUGACCGCGCUCCGCCCUGGCCGCGAUACUGUGAGAGACUACCGUCUCGUUCCUUAUGGUUCCAAUACAUAAAAUAUUAUCACCAUGGCAGCCAACACGUCCACUGUUAAAAAUAAGCCUCAAACUACGCGACACCAGUGUUUUUUGUUUUUAUUCAAUUAAUGACCAAGGUGGUGGUUCCGCGAAUAAUUUAUUUCAAAUCAUUUCUGAAAAGACGACACUUACAAAAAUUAAUAAUUAGCAAUCGUUAUGUAAAAAUAUACUUUUAAUUUUUUUCAUCAUUUAAUUUCUUAUUCUAAAUGUGUAUUCGCUUUGUUGAAUUAGGAUAAGCGAGCAACUGACAAAGAAUAUUUUUCAUUUAUUUUAUGUGUUCGAUCCCUACAGAAAGUUACGGCUGUUUCUAGGACUUUGGACUUAAUGAUUUUAUAAUCGACGUUAAGAUUUGUGAUUUACUUUGGAAUUAUGACAAUGUUUUAUCGAUUUUACUCUACUGUAGAUUGUAAUUGCCAAGUGAUCCAGUUUAUAUUCUCAUUCGACCCAGUGAUGAG